UUAACCCAGCAUCCAUCCGGUUUAUCAGAUUUUUCACGUACGUUCGCCACUUCUCGCGGCUUUAGUUUUCUUCCUCGACCCAGUUGCAUCCAUCAAGCUCGCGUUACGUCAACUUUUCCUUCACAGCGGAAUAAAUCUCUUUCUGUCUUGCGUUACACACGCUGUUACGCUCGUUACGACGCGAUAAACGAGCAAGCAAGCCAGCCAGCGCAAGCCAACAGCUUUCGUAACUUUUCCACGCGAAAUUCUCGUUAAUUAAAGGCUGGCUAGCGUCGAAAUAAUUUUCAGCGUGGCUUAUGAAACGGAGAUUCUUUGAUCCACCACGAUACGUUCUUUUUUCCCCUCCGCCUCACCCUUCCACCACGUUCAUUUUCUCCGUGCUACUUACUCCUCGAAUUUCCUCGCAUUCGAGGCACGAUUAAUCAGAGAGAAGAGAAAAUAAAAAAAUUGAAGAAAAAGAGAAAGAAAAAAAGAAACGAGGAUGCUUGCCGUCAGUAUUUUAUACAGCUUUCUAGAUUAAGUAUACUGCAAACAGGUGUUUGUGAGGGAUAUCACGGUUGUGUAUAGGUGCGAAAUAAUUUAUUAUUAAGUGCCAGUUUCACGGGAUCGUUUUAAAGCGCGAACCGGACGUUUAAUUGAAGUCGCUUUAAUCGAAAGGCAGGUUCACAUUUAAAGCAGCAAUUGCCGGCUGACAAAGUCUCUAUUUCUGCGACUCAUGGGAAUUAUUUCGUCGAUUUUCCACCCGGACGUUCCGUCUCGCUUCGAGAAGUACAGUUAAAUGCAUUUGCUAAGUUUAAUGAACUGCCUUGUUUGAUAAGUACACUUAUACAAUCGCACGCUCACGGUGUAUCGGGGAAUAGCUGUUUCUACUGUUACUUGAUCGAGAAGUUUUGUCGUCGAACAAGUCUAUAAAGAAAUCGGUUUGGAAAACUUGAACAAUGCGUUGAAAUAUAUGUAAAACAAUACUGUGCUAAAUAUGAAAAAUGAAACUUAUAUUUCCUGUCCUUUUGCGAUUGAAAAUUUUCUCCUGUGUUGAUGAUAAAAAUGUUAAAAAUAAUUUGGAAAAAAUAAUACAAUUUUCAAUUAUCUGUUACAAGAUUUAACAAGGCAAAUAAUUCAAAUUUUCCCUUUCGCUACAAUGUAAUUUUUCCUGGAAAAGCUUGCAGGGAAAGAUAGAAACCACUUUCCCCGAGGAGGAGCCUGGUUUGGUUGCCACUGUACUAUAUAUAUUUUUAGGAUUCUCGGAUUGGUGGGGACCAAAGCACCGUUAUCAAUAUUCCAAGGCACCGCUGUCCGUCCAACAGAUUCAAUUCCAACGGAGCAAGGAUUCCAGGACAGACGGGCGUAUUUCCAUAGCAAGUUUGUACGAGUCUCGUGCGGCAAGUUCGCGAGGACAUCUUGGCCCAGCUCCCGACAUCCAUGCUGAUUAUGCGACUGUUGUUCUGGAGCAUCCUCUGUGUUACCUUCAUUACCGCGGCCAAACUCGUCGCCGCAGACAGACCCACCAGGUCCUUGACGUUCCGGAAGGGCAGCUCCUACUUCUACAGGGUGAAUUACAAGCUGACUACCUUCUCGUACACUACGAUCUUCGCCCAUGCAGCUGGUUUCAAGUUGGUGUGGGAACUUCCUAGCGGGCCGGUUCGGAUCAAGAGGUCCAUCUCCGACGUUCACGAGGCCGCGGAACUGGUGUACGAAAGCCACGGUUUCGAUGGUAGAUCCUGUCUGAUGAAGAACGUUUGCCAAGCGAUGGAGUACGUGAGGCACAGAGAUGGGGUAAUAGCGAAAAUAUUAAAAUUACUGAUGGGAUCGUACGGGAAUAAUGGAAGUUUGCAGGAUGAUGUUUACUGCGACAUUCACGUCAAGAAUUGCCCCCUCGAGUUAAUAGGAAUUGAUAGUUUUAUAGAGCAAUAAAAUGAAGAUUGCGUUACAAUCUGCUUGAUCCUGAUUUAUAUCUUCCAUUUAAAUACGUAA